AUGGGCUCUAUAACACGAGAUUCGAAGUUUGCAAAGGCUGCAUUCGUUCCUCCAGAUGCUAUUUUCGAGGUAACAAAGAGGUACCUAGCAGACACAGAUCCUAACAAAGUCAACCUUGGCCAAGGUACAUAUCGUGAUGGAAACGGCAAUCCCUGGGUCCUUCCGUCUGUUCGUAUGGCAAAAACAAAGCUCGGUGACGGUUUACAUGAAUACCUGCCCAUUUCCGGAUUACAGGAAUUUCGAGACCAGGCAGUGAAAGUGAUCGCGACUUGCCAGGCCCUGUCUGGCACAGGAGCAUUGCUACUCGCAGGUUUGGCGUUGCGACAGGCCGAUUCAGGCAUCAAAACUGUCUAUAUCACGGAACCAACCUGGUCAAAUCAUGAUUUGCUAUUUAGUCGACUUGGAUUCGAGGUAAAGAAAUUACCGUAUUAUAGAAACGGUUCUUUUGACUCCGCCAGCUUCAUCAGCGCACUAGAAGAAGGCGAUUCUACGUGUGCUGUAGUCUUGCAUGCUUGUGCCCAUAAUCCAACAGGGUACGAUCCAACGCACGAUCAAUGGAAGAAUAUUGCAUCUGUGAUAAAAAAGAAUGACAUUUUCCCGAUAUUUGACUCGGCCUACCUGGGUUUCAAUUCCGGGUUUGUCGACGAGGACGCAUGGGCCAUUCGAUAUUUCACAGAGGAGCUGGCACUUGAAGCGUGCAUUUGCCUUUCCUUUGCUAAAAAUAUGGGCCUGUACGGAGAACGAGUUGGGUUGACUACUUUUGUGACCUCCUCCUCCGAUGAGGCGACGACCAUGUCUUCAAUACUGUCUAAUGUGCAACGGGCUACAGUAUCAAACCCCCCGGCGUAUGGAGCGAAACUAGCAGCGACUGUUCUCGGUACUCCUGUGAUCAAGAAACAGUGGUUCGAUGACUUGGUAACAAUGUCAAGUCGCAUCAAGUCUGUGAGACAGAUGCUUUACGAGGCUCUAGUAUCUUUAGGGACCCCUGGCGAAUGGUCACAUAUCAUUAAACAGACGGGCAUGUUUGGAUAUACUGGAAUAAGCGAAGCGCAGGUUGCGUACCUUGAAGAAAAGCAUCAUGUCUACAUGGCAAGCUCGUCGCGAAUUUCAUUGGCCGGGUUGAAUGAACACAACAUAGCAUACUUCGCACAGGCUCUUGAUGACGCUGUAAGAAAUAAUCUAGUACUAGGAGCGACAAUCAUGGGGUCUGUAGGGAUGUCUGUGGGCGGAAUUCGAAUCGCAAUUGACCGAGGUGGCACCUUCACAGAUUGUGUUGCGUCUGUACCGGGUCAAGAUGAUAUUCUUGUCAAAUUAUUAUCGGUGGAUCCCAGUAACUACCAAGAUGCGCCCGUGGAAGCGAUCAGACGAGUUCUGGAGAAGGCUACGGGACGGUCAUAUCCCAAGGGCCAGAAGAUUUCUUUGCAAGGAGUUGAAUCCAUCAAAAUGGGCACAACUGUCGCGACCAACGCCCUCCUGGAGAGAAAAGGAGAGCGUACAGCCUUUGUCGUAACCCAGGGAAUGAAGGAUAUUCUUCACAUCGGCAACCAGUCAAGGCCGAAACUAUUUGAUUUAAGCAUUAAUAAACCCGAUGUCCUGUAUAGCGAGGUCGUCGAGGUCAAAGAGCGGGUAACGCUAGAGGCUUGGACUGAGAGAAAAACCCCUCUUACCAUCGACAUUGAUUCCGAUCCCUCCCUAGUCAAAGGUAAUACUGGAGAGGUUGUUAGGAUUUUACAGCCGUUGGAUAUUGAAUCAACAAGGAAAUCGCUCCAAGAACUCUACAACAAGGGUUUCCGCUCAAUCGCCAUAUGUCUACUUCACAGCUAUACCUUCCCUGACCACGAGCUGGCAGUUUGUGAGAUUGCGGAGAGCCUUGGGUUCACUCAUAUCUCGCUAAGUUCUAGGCUUUCGCCUACUAUAAGAAUUGUUCCGCGUGGUAACUCUUCCACGGCAGAUGCCUAUCUAACUCCAGAAAUUAAGCGAUACAUUGAAGGAUUUGAGCGUGGAUUUGAAAAUCUAAGGAAAAGCAACUGUCGCUGCGAGUUCAUGCAAAGCGAUGGAGGGCUUGUCGAAUUUUCUGGCCUCUCUGGUUUAAGGGCUAUUUUGUCCGGCCCGGCAGGAGGGUGCGUUGGGUAUGCAAGGACCGCAUAUGUACCCGAGGACAAGAAGGCUGUGAUUGGAUUUGACAUGGGUGGAACAAGCACAGAUGUUUCCAGGUUCGCUGGUAGUCUGGAGCAGGUAUUCGAAACCACAACGGCUGGGGUCACUGUUCAAAGCCCCCAGCUUGAUAUAAACACCGUCGCCGCGGGUGGCGGAAGCAUUCUUACCUGGGAAGCUGGCAUGUUACAAGUUGGUCCAGAAAGUGCUUCCGCGCACCCUGGCCCGGCGUGUUAUCGAAAGGGCGGGCCUCUAACCGUAACUGACGCUAAUCUCGUCCUGGGUCGACUUCGACCCGAAUAUUUCCCUAAGAUAUUCGGUCCCGACGAGAACCUUCCAUUGGACAUUGAAGCUAGCCGAAGGUUGUUUGAGGAGAUGACCGCAAAGGUCAACGAGAAUCUGCCUGUGAAGCUGACACUAGAGGAACUUGCUGCUGGAUUCCUUGAUGUUGCUAAUGAAGCAAUGUGUCGUCCAAUUCGAACACUUACAGAAGCCAAGGGAUGUGACGCAAGUUUGCAUAAUCUGGCUUCGUUUGGUGGAGCUGGAGGUCAGCACGCCUGUGAAAUUGCCAGAAAGCUGGGCAUUUCGCGGGUGCUGAUACACAAAUACUCGUCAGUCCUAUCUGCAUACGGGAUGUCUCUUGCCGAUGUUGUUCACGAGGAACGUAGCCCGUGUGCGUUACUCUAUGGCUCAGAGAACUUUUCCAGUUUCACUAAAGAGCUUGACCGACUACAACAGAAGUCAGUUGAGGCACUGCUACAACAGCGAAUCCACAAGGGAAAGAUUACCUCUGAGAGGUAUCUCAACAUGAGAUUUCAUGGAAGUGACACAUCGAUGAUGAUACAAGAUACAAAUGGCAUGGAUGGUUUCCUUGCAUCAUUUGGACAGGCUCACCAAGAGCAAUUUGGUUUCUUACCCGUAGGAAGAGAUGUGAUUGUCGAUGAUCUCCGAGUAAGAUCUAUUGGCUCUAGUGGUGUGGAGGUGGACAGUCCGUGGAACGAGGAAUUUGCUACAGUUAGUAAAGUUACCCUUUCUACAGCAUCUGAAACAAAGGCUCUCUACUUCAGAGAGACUGGGUGGACUCAAGCUCCCGUUUACGAACUUGGCCACCUGAAAUCCGGGUCUUGCAUUGCCGGACCUGCUCUCAUCAUGGAUAGUCAGCAAACACUUGUUAUUGCACCUAAAUCCUCGGCGACUAUUCUUUCGAACAAUGUCAUCAUUGAUGUUGAGGUUCUGAAGAAAGAGACCAUUUCCAUCACUCACGUGGACCCAAUUCAACUAUCAAUCUUCGGUCACAGAUUUAUGGGUGUUGCUGAACAAAUGGGCCGUGCUUUACAGAAAACAAGUGUCAGCACGAAUAUCAAGGAGCGAUUAGAUUUUUCUUGUACGGUGUUUGCUGCUGACGGCGGGCUUGUAGCAAACGCUCCUCAUGUCCCGGCGAUGAUUGGCAGUAUGGCCUUUGCAGUUAAGUGGCAGAUUGAUCAUUGGAAAGGUGAUCUUCAUCCGGGAGAUAUCAUUCUCUCAAAUUCACCUGUUUGCGGUGGGACGCAUCUUCCUGAUCUGACUGUUAUCACACCAAUAUUUGAUGCUAAGGGAGAAAAUACCAUUUUCUGGACCGCUUCUCGUGGUCAUCACGCUGAUAUUGGAGGUAUACUUCCUGGCUCAAUGCCUCCCAACUCAAAGGAGCUAUGGGAAGAAGGUGCUGUGAUCAAAUCUUUUAAGGUGGUAGAAAACGGGGUGUUCAAAGAGGAGGAACUUAUAGAGUUGCUCAUGGCUCCAGGAAAGAUUGAUGGAUGUCAAGGAACGAGAUGCCUUCGAGACAAUAUCUCGGAUAUCAAGGCCCAGGCAGCCGCAAACCACCGUGGCAGCCAACUUAUCCAUGGACUCAUUCAACACUACGGCCUCGAACCAGUACAGUUUUACAUGCAAAAGAUUAUAAAAACUGCGGAGCUAGCGGUUAGAGAUAUGCUGAAAAACAUCUCGCGUAUGUCCGGUUCCAAGGCCCUAGAGGCCGUCGACUACAUGGACGAUGGUACUCCAAUUCAGCUCAAAGUCACUAUCGAUGAGCUAACAGGCGGUGCCACAUUUGACUUCACUGGAACUGGGCCUGAAGCCUAUGGUAAUUGGAAUGCACCGAUUGCGAUAUGCCAUUCGUCCAUAAUAUUUGCGUUGCGAUGUAUGGUCAAUACGGAAAUCCCUCUAAACCAAGGCGCAAUUAUGCCAAUCAACGUUAUCAUCCCAGAGAAUUCAUUGCUUCGACCGACAGAAGAGGCAGCUGUCUGCGCGGGCAAUGUUCUUACCUCACAGCGUAUUGUCGAUGUUAUUUUCAAGGCGUUCAACGCUGUCGCAGCAAGCCAGGGUUGUAUGAAUAACUUAACCUUUGGUACUGAUGACACCGAGGAGGCUUUUGGAUACUACGAGACCAUUUGCGGUGGUGCUGGCGGUGGCCCAACCUGGGACGGCACCAGUGGUGUUCACACCAACAUGACCAACACGCGUAUUACGGACCCUGAGGUUCUAGAACGACGCUAUCCUGUUAUACUAAGGCAGUUUUGUCUCAGGGAAGGAAGUGGCGGUGCCGGCGCUCACCCAGGGGGUGAUGGUAUCAUUCGUGACAUCGAGUUUAGGAUACAGAUUAAAGUUUCAAUUCUCAGUGAGCGACGAGCUUUUGCACCGUACGGUCUUGAAGGCGGCGACGACGGAAAGAGGGGUGAGAACAUUUGGAUAAAAUCUGGUGGUCGUUCGGUCAACCUAGGGGGGAAGAAUACCGCGAUGAUGGAUGUCGGUGAUCGGAUUGUCAUCAAGUCGCCGGGUGGUGGAGGCUGGGGCAAGCCGUCUUCUAUCAAUGGUGCGAGUUUUGCGUCUGGCCAUGUUUCAAAGACUGUCCAAAAGUCAUUUCAAGGCGUGGCAGGUGGCACUGUGGCUAUGAUUGAAUCAAUGGGACAGUCUGCCUAG